GGGAUUUUUCAGCUAAAACUUUAACAUAUUAGGUCUGCCUAACAGCAUAACUGCCUAUGUCCAAUUUGAGAAAAAUAACAGUUGUUUUCACAAAAAGCUGGAGCUAAUAUAGAGACGUCUAAAUAUGUCUCCUUAAUGCAAUUGUGAACAAGCAGUAUGUGUUCUUGGACGCGAUCAGGAAGUUGUUGAGAACAGAACAUGUGGGGAGAAAAGAUAAAUGAGGGGGGGAAAAAAAUAGCAUUUUCAUGGAAACAUUAAGCGGAAACAUGUUUCCAGAUGGAAUCAACUGUUAAAUUAAAAACCGCCUCCUGCGUUCAUGUUAAAAUACAAACUUUUUUAGCUGGUUUUCAGCUCAGCCAGCUAAAAAGAAUGAACAUUUUUCUUUCAUUUUUGCUGGCAGUGCGCGAGGCGGACUUCCUCACCAAAACAGUCCCUAGAGGUUGUCAAGGAGGGCUUGUUUGAGUCUCUCAACUCAGAGGCUGAUACCAAAAUAACUUUAAGACUUAGUCAACACUGAAAAAGAGGAAGUGGUGAAUUGUUGUCUUUCCGAACCACAGUCUUGUAUACUGAAAAGCAACAGAUGAAAACCAGUUGAAGUAAUAGUGUCUUUUUCUUUUUCAUUUUUCAUUUCUUUGGUGGUUUGUGGAGUUCGGCAGAGAUCCCAUGGCUCUUUUACGCAAAUACAUCUGGGUGAUAGUGAUACUGGGGAUGGUUUUUGUGUCGCUGGUGAUCAGCCUCAUCUUCGUCCUCAUCAAUAAGUGUAUUUCCAGAAAAGGCAAACAUCGCAUUUUACAGCUUCAGGAAAGACCUGACGUCAAAAUCGAGAGCAACAAAUAUCAGCUGACACAAUCUGGCACAGACACACCUCCUCUUCCUCCUCGGACACAGUUUCUCAUAGCAGAGGCCCUAAGCUAUGAGAACCUGGCUGAGGAAUGUGAGCAUGACGACCAGAGUGACCACGACUACGAGGAGGCCCUGGACCAGAUGCUCGACUGCGUGAAGGUGCAGGAUAAUCUGCUCUACAAUCAUCCAAACACAAACUCUGGAGUUUCAGUCGCCCAGAGCUACGAGAACCUGGCUGAGGAGAACGACUACGAGGAGAGCGUGGAUCCACUGCCGGACUAUGUCAAAGUGGAGGAUGAAACCGAGAUUCUUCCCCCUCCUCUCCGCGAUUUGGAUCCAAAUAUGAAUUGCAAUGGUUUUUUGGGUCAGAGCUACGAAAAUCUGGCCGAUGAGAAUGGCUACGAGGAGAGCGUGGAUCCACUGCCGGACUAUGUCAAAGUGGAGGAUGAAACCGAGAUUCUUCCCCCUCCUCUCCGCGAUUUGGAUCCAAAUAUGAAUUGCAAUGGUUCUUUGGGUCAGAGUUACGAAAAUCUGGCCGAUGAGAAUGAGUACGAGGAGAGCAUGGAGCAGCAGUUGGACUAUGCGAAGGUGGAGGAUGAGUUCACUCCUCAUCAGAACGACGAAGCGAGGGACAACGCCUCCACUGCAUCCACCGAGGACUAUGACGACAUCGGAGGAGAAGAUGAGGAAGACUAUGAUGAUAUUGGAUAAGAACAAUAUUUAAAAAAAAGGACAAAGACUUUUUUCUCCAACCUUCCUGCUGAGCAGAGCUUUCACAGAUUUCUUUUGUUUCCCCGUCUUUAAUUAUUAUUCACAUGUUUUUAAAAGCAGAACAGCUGGAGAUAACGGUUUGCUUUUUGGACAUUCAGUUCUACUUUUUGAUUCCUACACAGCUUAUUUACUGAUCAUUUCUAGAUUUGUUUAUAGCUGUUUUUCAACCUUUUCGAUUUAAAACCUUGUGAACUGUUUUUUUUUUUGUUUUUUUUAAAUAAAACGUGUAAUUUUAUGUUUGUAAAUUGUACAGCGUCACAUAAAUGUGAUUGUGUUUACAGUGGGCUAAUUUUUGUCUGCCACGAUUUGCGGUUGAAGAGAUGAGGAUGGAAGCCGAGGACCCAGGUGUGGUGCAAUAAUGAUGAUUUUUAAUUAAAGUCCAAACCAACAGAACAGAAUCCAGGCAGCACAGGUGAGCAGUAAAGCUAAGAGCUCAGACACUGGUAGCGACUGGUUACACAGGUGGAGACAAAGACAAAGACAAGGACCUGGCAGGGAGCAAGAGACACAGGCGGGUAUAAA